AGGCUCGCCCUGUGGCCUGGAAUAGAGUCAGCAGAGGGAAAUGGCAGCGAGACUUCCAAGAACACCCCUAACUUUGCUGUUUCUUGGACUCUUCGUGGAAACAACAACAAUAUCGUGCAGAAAUGAAGAAGGGGACGCUGUGGAUUGGUUUGUCUUUUAUAAGUUACCUAAAAGGCGAGACAGGGAAAAUGGAGAGACUGGUUUAGAGUACCUGUACCUAGACUCCACAACCAGAAGCUGGAGGAGGAGCGAGCAACUAAUGAACGUCACCAGGAGUGUUCUGGGGAAGACGCUACAGCAACUCUAUAAAGCGUAUGCGUCCAAGAGUAACAACACAGCCUAUCUAAUAUACAACGAUGGCGUCCCUAAUGGAGUCUCCAUGUCUGUGAAUUACAGCCGAAAGCACGGACACACCAAAGGUUUACUGCUGUGGAACAGAGUCCAGGGGUUCUGGCUGAUUCAUUCUAUUCCCCGGUUUCCCCCAAUUCCUGAAGAAGGCUAUGAUUAUCCGCCCACAGGCAGACGAAAUGGACAAACUGGCAUUUGCAUAACAUUCAAGUACAAGCAGUAUAAAGCAAUAGAUGCUCAGCUCUUGAUCUACAACCCAAAGAUCUACAGUUGCUCCAUCCCCGCCACCUUUCACCGGGAGCUUGUUCACAUGCCCCAACUGUGUGCCAACUCCAGCUCAUCAAAGAGCCCUGGCAGGCACCUCGCCACGUUCCAGUCAGCCCGGGGACAGACCUUCCUCCAUUUUGCAAAGUCGACUUCUUUUCUUGAUGACAUCUUUACAGCUUGGAUGGCUCAACGGUUGAAGACACACUUGCUAACCGAAACCUGGCAGAGGAAGACACAAGAGCUUCCUUCAAACUGCUCCCUUCCUUAUCAUGUCUACAAUGUCAAAGCAAUUAAGAUACCAGGAAAAUCUUAUUUUAGCUCUCAUCAGGACCAUGCCAAAUGGUGUAUUUCCAUAAAGGGCGCCAAAAAUCUCUGGACAUGUAUUGGAGAUUUAAAUCGGAGCCCCUACCAAGCUUUCAGAAGUGGAGGGUUCAUUUGUACCCAGAAUCGGCAUAUUUACCAAGCAUUUCGAAGAUUAGUUUUGUAUUAUGAGAAUUGUAAGUAAACUUGGUGAAGGGAUGCAUGUGCAUGUAGUCUCAAUGGGGACAUGGAUAAUGGAUCAUCUUCCAUUA